AUGAGUUUUAACUUGACCGUAACUUUAACGUAUGAAAUUGAAGAAAUGUUGUGUAAGGUUAUUGCUGCUGAUCAAGAUGAUGGUGUUGAUGGGAUGUUCUUUCGCUUCUCGCUGCUAACAGUAUUGUUGGCGUGCUCAACGCAUGCCAUACAAAUCAAACCUUCUUAUGGACCACCACCACAACGUCUACCCCAUCGUGAAUAUGGCGUACCCCAGCAAAUGCCUUUUCGUGAAUAUGGACCUCCUGCUCUGAAAUAUGGACCUCCCAAAUUGAACUUCAUUGGCGGUGGCGGCUCUUCUUCGGGUCUACAUGAACAAAUUAAAAAUCAUUAUGGUGCCCCCAAGCCCUUCUAUGGCCCUCCUCAUAAGCCUCAACAGCAAUAUGGUCCUCCACCCACCCAACAGUAUGGUCCACCACCACCAAAACCAGGCGGCAAUUAUGGACCACCUCCACAAAAGUUGCAACACAAACCAGCUCCCUCAUACGGUCCACCUAAGCCUCAGUAUGGUCCACCACCACCACAAGCUUUGCCUUUGUUCCAACCUGCUCCACAAUUCAAGCCCCAACAUCAACCGGCCACCUCUUAUGGACCACCACCUUCGGGACCCUUGAAUAUACCACCCAAGCAAAUUUAUGGCCCACCACCACCAAACUAUGGUCCUCCACCAUUGCCUAAUUUCAAUCGUGUUCCGGAAACCACUGUUAUAUUGACCGGGGGACAAAACUCCCAAGGUCAGCAUCAUCAUCAGCAAAGUCACCAUCAUCAAAAUCAAAACCAACAACAACAACAAGUGCAAAUACAAAUCGAUGCCUCUGGACACACACAUUCUGUGGCUGGAUCUCAAGCUCCUUUCCAUACUGCCUGUGAUGGUUGGAAACCCAUACCAGCUCCUGCCGGUUCCUAUAUUGAAAACAAUCAUAUCGAAACUCAAUCUGGUUACAGUCAAGUUGCUCAAGGGUCUCAUCAUGGUAGUGCUUCAUCCUUCUCUACCACACAAUACAGUGGCGGUGCCAGUGCUGGUGGUAGUACUGGCAUUGGUGCUACUGGUUCUGGCUCUACAAUUUUGCUUUCUGGCGGUUCUGGUGCUGGCGGCAGCAAUAUCAUUGAUGGUUUAACUGAUGAACAAUUGGUAGCUGUAGCUUUGCAAUCGGGCAGUUUUGAGGGUGACAACUUAGUGCAACAACAAGAUGUUUUGCCGGGCUCAGGACCAGCUGGAGAUUUUAAUCAACAUGGUUUGAAUUCAAUUGAAGCUGAAGCUUUGCAGCUUUCCUUGGGUUCCAUUGAUGAUUCCUACAACAAACCCCCAUCUGAUUCUUAUGCUCCUGGUUCUAAGUACUCACACAAAUUCAACAGUCAACAGUCCAGUUCUCACAGCAGUUUUGGCAUUAGCGGACCCGGUGGUAACUUUGGACCUCCACCACCACGCAAUAACAAAUACGGACCUCCUCCACCACCCAAUGGCAACUAUGGACCUCCACCACCACCACCCAACGGUAACUAUGGACCUCCUCCACCACCCAAAGGAAACUAUGGACCACCUCCACCACCCAGCGGUAACUAUGGCCCUCCUCCACCACCACCCACUGGCAACUAUGGACCUCCACCAUCUUCUGGUCAAGAUGCUGCCGCUUUUGUUCAUCAUCAUGCUGAAGCCGGUUUAGGUAUUCAGUAUGGCAAACAAUCUGGUAAUUUGGCUCCUUUCCCUCCCCAUGGCGGUGCUCCACCUAGCAAACCUGUGUCCUUUAGACCCCCUGUGCCCCAAGGACUUUUCGAAACAAUUGGUAACACCGUACAGCAUUUAGAUCAGUUUGGUGUUAAACCUCAUGUACAAGCACCCACGUAUAUACCUCCAGCAGCUAAUGAAAUUGCACAAACUGGCCCUGGAAAUUUGAAUAUUGAAUAUGGUGUGCCACAGCAGCAACAACAAAUACCUCAGAAUAUUAUUGAACAGCAAUUGCCUCAACAACAGCCAGCUCAAGUUUUCAUACAAAUUGAACAGCAACAGCAACAACAUAACCAACAGCAACAAGAAUACCGACACCAUCAACAGCAGCAACAACAACAUCAUCAUCACCAACAGCAACAACAACAACAAUUCGGUAAUGCUCAUGCCGAAUAUGGCGUGCCUCCACCUCCUCAACAACCCCAAUAUCUACCUCCCCCACCACCAGCACAAUUGCAACAGCAAUACUUGCCACCCACUGGACCUCAGCAACAACAAUUUAAUGGUGGUGCCUCAUAUACCUCAAGUGCCUCAGCUACUUUUGACAAUUCAGCCUUUGCUGCCUCCCAAUACAAUCAUGAAGUUUUACAUGCCCAGGCUUUACCUUUGCAACAAGAGCAACCACGUUUCCACGAUUGCGGUCACGGUCCCAAUCUAGUUGGUGGUGGUGCAAGCUUUAACUACCAACAACAACAGCAACACCAACAACAACAUCAUCAAGAACAAUACUCAAGUGGCUCUAGUACUUCCAUUGCCCAAAGCAUACCCGUAGCUGAACAACAUACACAAUUCAUUUCAGGACCAGCCUCCAGCUAUGGACCACCACCAUCAGGAGGCAAUGAACUUGAUCAUAUUGGUUAUGCCUCGGAAAAAUCUCAAGUUACUGCCUUGCCUGAUGGCACCAACCCCGAGGGUUUGCCCGGUUUAGAUGGUCUCAAUGUACUCUCCGCCCAGAAAUCCCAGGCCAUACAUUUUAGCUCUCAAGAAACCACCAGCAAUGGCAAUACCUAUCAAGUACAAUUUGGUGGUAAUAACGAACAAUCAGCUAACCAUGAAGAAAUUCUAUCUGCUGGUCUUUUACAAACCAUUCUCAAUGCUGUAGAACAACCUCAGAAACAACAUCAGCCUUUGCCUGCCAACCACAAAGCUGAAAGCAGAUCAGAUAUUGAUAUUCACGAAGAUCCCAUAGAGGCGGAGGAUGAGAACGAACCUGGUGUAGCUGCCCAAGAAUCUAAGCAUGUCGAAGUAAAAGUACAUCCGGAUGAGGAGCAAACAUUAGAGACACCCGCCGAUGUGAAGGAAAUUAAGCCCAUAGUGGUCAAGGAGGAAAACGAAGCUAGACAUUAA